UGGAGGAGGACAGCUGCGGGAGGACCGGCCAGGGGACAGCGGAUCUAUGACAGCAUCUGGGCUCCCUUCUCGCCAAUGCAAACAGGAAUAUGCGGCACCUCCUCGCCUUCUUCUGCACGGGCUUGCUGGGUGCUGUAGUAGGGGCCAAUUUCCCCAACAACAUCCAGAUCGGGGGAUUAUUUCCGAACCAGCAGUCCCAGGAGCAUGCAGCGUUUAGAUUCGCCCUGUCACAACUCACGGAGCCCCCCAAGCUGCUCCCCCAGAUCGACAUUGUGAAUAUCAGUGACAGCUUCGAGAUGACCUACCGAUUCUGCUCCCAGUUCUCCAAGGGUGUGUACGCCAUCUUUGGCUUUUAUGAGAGGAGGACAGUGAAUAUGCUGACCUCUUUCUGCGGGGCCCUCCAUGUCUGCUUCAUCACGCCCAGUUUUCCUGUGGACACAUCCAAUCAGUUCGUGCUACAGCUGCGCCCUGAGCUGCAUGGGGCUCUCAUCAGCAUCAUCGACCAUUACAAAUGGCAGAAGUUCGUCUACAUCUACGAUGCUGACCGAGGUCUCUCUGUCCUGCAAAAGGUCCUGGACACUGCUGCAGAGAAGAACUGGCAGGUGACAGCCGUGAAUGUGCUGACUACCACGGAAGAGGGCUACAGGAUGCUGUUUCAGGACCUGGAGAAGAAGAAGGAGAGGCUAGUAGUGGUGGACUGCGAGUCUGAGCGUCUGAACAUCAUCCUGGGCCAGAUCGUAAAGCUAGAGAAGAAUGGCAUUGGUUACCACUACAUCCUUGCAAAUCUGGGCUUUAUGGACAUGGACUUGAGCAAGUUCAAGGAGAGUGGGGCCAAUGUGACGGGCUUCCAGCUGGUGAACUACACAGACACGGUACCUGCCAGGAUCAUGCAGCAGUGGCGGAGCAGUGAUGCACGGGAUCACACCCGUGUGGACUGGAAGAGACCCAAGUACACAUCCGCACUGACCUAUGAUGGAGUGAAGGUGAUGGCAGAGGCCUUCCAAAGCCUGCGCAGACAGAGGAUAGACAUCUCCCGGCGAGGCAAUGCGGGCGACUGCCUGGCCAAUCCGGCCGUGCCCUGGGGCCAGGGCAUUGACAUCCAGAGAGCCCUGCAGCAGGUACGGUUUGAAGGCCUGACGGGAAAUGUGCAGUUCAACGAGAAAGGCCAUCGGACCAACUACACGCUGCACGUGAUCGAGAUGAGGCAUGAUGGUAUUCGAAAGAUCGGCUACUGGAAUGAGGAUGACAAGUUUGUCCCUGCAGCCACCGAUGCACAGGCUGGCGGGGACAACUCGAGUGUGCAGAACCGGACGUACAUUGUCACAACCAUCCUAGAAGACCCUUAUGUCAUGCUCAAGAAGAAUGCCAACCAGUUCGAGGGCAAUGACCGCUACGAGGGCUACUGCGUAGAGCUAGCAGCUGAGAUCGCCAAGCAUGUGGGUUACUCCUACCGGCUGGAAAUCGUCAGUGAUGGCAAGUAUGGAGCCCGCGACCCAGACACGAAGGCGUGGAAUGGCAUGGUGGGCGAGCUGGUGUACGGGAGGGCAGAUGUGGCUGUCGCCCCACUGACCAUCACCCUGGUCCGGGAGGAAGUGAUAGAUUUCUCCAAGCCCUUCAUGAGCCUUGGCAUCUCCAUCAUGAUCAAGAAGCCACAGAAAUCCAAGCCCGGCGUCUUCUCCUUCCUGGACCCUCUAGCUUAUGAGAUCUGGAUGUGCAUCGUCUUUGCCUACAUCGGUGUGAGCGUGGUUCUUUUCCUGGUCAGCCGCUUCAGCCCCUAUGAGUGGCACAACGAGGAGCUCGAGGAGGGCCGGGAGCAGGCAGCUGGGGACCAAUCCAAUGAAUUCGGGAUCUUCAACAGCCUGUGGUUCUCACUGGGCGCCUUCAUGCAGCAAGGCUGCGACAUCUCCCCCAGGUCCCUGUCAGGCCGCAUCGUGGGCGGCGUAUGGUGGUUCUUCACCUUGAUCAUCAUCUCAUCGUACACAGCCAACCUGGCUGCCUUCCUUACAGUGGAGAGAAUGGUGUCCCCCAUCGAGAGUGCUGAAGACCUGGCCAAGCAGACAGAGAUCGCCUAUGGGACCCUGGAAGCCGGCUCCACAAAGGAAUUCUUCCGGAGGUCAAAAAUUGCUGUGUUCGAGAAGAUGUGGACAUACAUGAAAUCUGCUGAGCCAUCCGUGUUUGUGCGAACCACGGAGGAGGGCAUGAUCCGAGUGCGCAAGUCCAAGGGCAAAUACGCCUACCUGCUCGAGUCUACCAUGAACGAGUACAUCGAGCAGCGCAAGCCCUGCGACACCAUGAAGGUGGGGGGGAACCUGGACUCCAAGGGCUAUGGCAUUGCAACGCCCAAGGGCUCGGCCCUGAGAGGCCCCGUAAACCUAGCGGUUCUGAAACUCAGUGAGCAAGGCGUCUUAGACAAGCUGAAAAGCAAAUGGUGGUACGAUAAAGGGGAGUGUGGAAGCAAGGACUCCGGAAGUAAGGACAAGACCAGCGCUCUGAGCCUCAGCAAUGUGGCAGGCGUGUUCUACAUCCUCAUUGGAGGCCUUGGGCUGGCCAUGCUGGUUGCCUUAAUUGAAUUCUGCUACAAAUCCCGUAGCGAGUCCAAGCGCAUGAAGGGUUUCUGUUUGAUCCCACAGCAAUCCAUCAACGAAGCCAUAAGGACGUCCACACUCCCGCGGGACAGCAGCACGGGAGCCAGUGGUGGCGGGAGCGGAGAGAACGGCAGGGUGGUCAGCCAUGACUUCCCCAAGUCCAUGCAAUCCAUGCCCUGCAUGAGCCACACUUCAGGGAUGCCCUUGGGGGCCACAGGAUUGUAACAGCGGCAGAUGGACAUCCCCGGGGAGCAGGCUGGCCCCCACCCCCUCCCACACCCUUCAGUGCCAAAAACAACAACAAAAAGGAAACAGACUACCACCACCACCCCCGAUGCAGCAGGUUUGCCUGAAGAAUCCAGGACCCACCUGGCUCAGCGGGUCCUGUGCUAGGGUCUGUCUGCUUGGUG